AUGUCUCUCCAACCAGAAUCUCUCAGUGUCGUAAAAAAUCCAACUUCAUACGACGAAUAUUCCUCCAGUCUCUCGAAAUUCUAUCAAAAAAUCGCCGCCGAAGAAUUACGCGAAACUGACUCGAUUCGCCAACAAUCUCUCCAAUCUUUCCGUUCGUACAUCGCAAAAUCGCCCACAAUUCUCGCCUGUCGCACGGAUUCCGUCUUCCUUCUUCGCUUUUUGCGCGUUUGCAAAUUUUCCGUGCCCGCUGCUUGCACAAAACUCGAACGUUUCAUCUACAUUCAUCAAGCUUACCCGCAAUGGUUCAGCAAUUUGUCGCUCGAUGACGCCUCAAUUCGGGAAAUUAUCAAUCUCGGUUGGUGCAUUCCGCUUCCGGAGAAGGAUGAAUUGGGUCGUCAAGUGAUUUUUUACCAAUCCAAGGUCAUUGAUCCGACGAAACAUACCGCGGCGCAAGUCAUGCGGGCGCAAGAAUUGAUCUUUCAGGCGUUGUAUGACGACGAGGAAGUGCAAGUUGCGGGAAUUGUCUUCUUGUUUGACGACACGGAAUUCACGUUGCAACAUGUGACGAUGUGGAGUCUUACGGAUAUGAAGGAAAUUACGACUUAUAUCUCGAAGGCGUUGCCGUUGCGACAAAAGUUGUUUGUGAGAGCGGGAUUGCCGGCAUUUGCGAGAACGCCAUACGAUUUGAUCAGGAGUUUUUUGGUUGAGAAGGUCAAGGAGCGAUUCAGGAUCUUGAAAAACUUCGACGAAUCCAAAACAAUCGUCGAUCCAAAACUCCUCCCAAAGGAAUUUGGCGGAACAAUUCCCAUCCAACAACUCAUCCAGAAUUUAAAGGCAAAACUUACCGAAAAACGUGAAAAAAUCCUCUUGCAAGACAAAAUGGCAGUUAACAUCCCGCUUAUCGAACAAUCUUUCAAAACUGGCGACUUCGUACAGGGCUUAGUAGGCAACUUCAGAAAACUCGAAGUCGAUUAA